AUGUCCGCCCAACAAGACCCAUUGGAGAUUGCCAAGCAAGCCGAACGCGACUUGAACACACAAGAAGCAAAAGGAAACACCAAGCGAGCAGGUGAUGAAGUCGACGCAUCCGGCAUCGACGAAAGCGCAACGACCAAAUUUCCCGGCUCAACCGUCAAGGUUGGAGGACAAGGAGCGGGCAACAAUCGUGAGAUUCCCCUCGAAGAAGGGGGUAGCAUUAGCAAGGAGACGGGACAGCCAACCAAGGCAAAGGACUUUGAGGGAGUCGGAGGUCCAGAGGAUAAGGCAGCUAUCGCUGCUGAUACUCGAGGAGGAGAUGAUGAUAUCACUGGCAAUGUGAGGCAAGGAGGCGAGACUCGUCGUCCAUAG